CUCUCCGGUGCAAUGGAGAGAAAGCUAACAUUCCAAGCAGAAGCUCUGCUGCUCCUAGUGCUUGCAGUAGCUCCAGCAAGUUCGGAAGAAAAUUUAACGUAUACCGUUCGCGCAAACGAUCACUCACUGGAUUCGGUUUGUGUUGGUGUAACUGCCGGUAUUUUCCCGCACCCAGAUCCAUCGCUUUGUGACGUGUUUGUUUCGUGCACCUUCGAGCAACCGGCUGCAAACCAAUGUGCAGAUGGGUUUAUCUUUGAUCCAAUCGUGCAUCGCUGUGUACAGGGUGAUCGAGAGCAGUGUCCGGAUCGUACUCCCGAACCCGACUGGAGCGAGUUUUGUGGGGAUGUGUCGUACGCGUUUUACGCACAUCCUAGUAUGUGCUGGGAGUUUGUGUUCUGUUCACUCGGUACGGCAAACCGAUACUCGUGCCCGUUGGGAGAGAUCUGGUCGCAGCGAGAUGGUGCGUGUCUGCCCGGGAGUUGGGAUACUUGUGAGUUGGUGAUCGUUGAAGCUUCCUGUGCAGGUCAACCGGAUGGUGUACUGCCAUAUCCACCUGACUGUUCCCGAUAUAUGAGAUGUGAAAAUGGUCACACAACCAUCUUCGACUGUCCAAGGGGCGAAGUGUUCGAAGUGAGGGAAGGAAAGUGUGUUGUUGGAAACACGGAGACGUGCCUGCGUAUUGAUAACAUUUGCCAGGGAGAACUCGACGGAACUGUGCUGAUGCAUCCGAAUGAGUGUGAUUUGUUCGUUUUAUGUCAAGGAGGAUCUGCCACCGCUCAGCAAUGUCCAACAGGCGAGAUACUGAACGUACGGGCUCAGUUUUGUGCACCAGGAAAUGCAGACACCUGUCAGUUCUAUCCACAGGAAACGAUGUGCCAAAAUGUGACGAAGGGAGCGAUCUAUCCACUUCCAGCAGACUGCACGCAGUUUGUCAUUUGUACCGCCGGUGAAUCUAUUACGAUGAGCUGUCCUGCGGGACAGAUUCUAUACGCACCGGGUGGAUCCUGCCGACCGGGCAAUACCAACACGUGUCAGCUCCUUGGAAGCGUGUGUCAAGAUCAACCAGAUGGAUCGAUAAUCGCGCAUCCGAGUCUUUGCGAGAUCUACAUCAGGUGUCAAGGUGGUGCAGUGAUGCUACGAUCGUGUCCAAACCAAGAAAUCCUUCGUCCAGAUGCUCAGUUCUGUGUUCCGGGAAAUCCACGUACCUGUGAGUUUGAGCCACUCGAUCGGAUGUGCAUAGGACAGAUGGAUUCCGUAAGUUUUCCCCACCCAACCGAGUGUGCCAUGUUUGUGGUGUGUCAUGCCCAGAGAGCCCAAGUGCAAACCUGUAUGGCUGGUAGCAUUUACAACGCCCAAACACUCGCCUGCGUUCCAGGAAAUGAAGCUACUUGUGAGGAGUUUGAUAGUGUAUGUUCCGGACGCCCUGAUGGAAUCGUUCCACAUCCAACGAAAUGUACCGCUUACAUCUACUGCUCUUCGGGCCGGCCGGUGUUCGAACAAUGCUCUCCGGGAACAAUCUUCAAGCAAGGGGUGAGUGGUUGUGUGGUGGGCGAUACGGAAUCUUGCACACACGCCACCAAUAUCUGCACCGAUCGUGCCGACGGAACACUGCUUGAGCACCCGAAUGAGUGCAAUCUUAUCGUUAUGUGUAUGGUGCAACAACCGGGCGUGAUGUUCUGUCCUGCUGGGGAAAUAUUCAACUUGAAGGUUCAGUUUUGUACACCGGGUGAUUCCAAAACCUGUCAUAUGCAUCCAGUAGAAACGAUGUGUGCCAACAGGCCACACGGAUCUGUGUAUCCUCAUCCGAGCGAUUGUACACAGUAUGUACGUUGCAAUAGUGGGCAACCGAUCGUAACUUCAUGUCCUGUUGGGCACGUUCUGCAUGCGGGCAGUGGUUCCUGCCGACCUGGCAAUACGAAUACCUGUGAGUUUAUCGAAAAUGUGUGCCAAAACCAAUCUGAUGGGCUUGUACUGAAGCAUCCAAGUCAUUGCGGGCACUUUGUUCGGUGUCAAGGUGGAACGGUGUCGAUUCAACCUUGUCCCGUUGGAGAGAUUCUACGUCCAGACGCGCAGUUCUGUGUGCCCGGAGAUGUUCAAACUUGCGAGUUUGAUCCCAUCGAUCGUAUGUGCAUACGGAAGGCAGAUUACUCACGCUUCCCUCAUCCAUCUGAUUGUUCCCAGUUCGUCGCGUGCCAGGGCCAGUCUGCUCUGGUACAGAGCUGCCCCAGUGGAAGUGUUUACCAUGCUACAACGCAAUCCUGUGUUCCUGGAAACGAGGCAACUUGUGAACGGUUUGAUAACAUCUGCACGGGAAAUGGUGAUAAAAUUAUUCCCCAUCCAAUGGUUUGUACGGCUUACAUCCAUUGCUUCUCAAGCGUGGCUGUGUUCGAACAGUGUGCUCUAGGAACUGUUUUCGACCUGGAACAAGGAGGAUGCGUCGUUGGAAACACAAAAACCUGCAUUGCUGCUGCUGGCUUAUGUGAAGGACAACCGGAUGGAAGAAUUCUACCACAUCCAAACGAGUGUGAUCUGUAUCUUAUGUGUGUGGCACAACAACCAGCUCCGCUACGAUGUCCAGCGGGAGAGAUCCUGAACAAAGAGGCGCAGUUCUGUGCACCUGGUAGUAAGGACACCUGUCUAUUCCACCCAGUCGAAUCAAUGUGUCAGAAUAUAGUAAACAACGCCACCUAUCCUUAUCCGGACGAUUGCACCCGGUUCGUAGAGUGCAAUAGAGGAAACGCCAUUGUAAAGGAUUGCCCUGUCGGAGAGAUUCUUCACGGUUCAUCGCAAUCUUGCCGGCCUGGUAAUACGAAAACAUGUGAAUUUCUAGACACAGUUUGCCAAGGACAUCCAGACGGUCUGGUGAUGGAGCAUCCAAGCCUUUGUGGACAGUACAUGAAGUGUCAACAAGGUAGAGUAACAGUUCAUUCUUGUUCUGCGGGAGAGAUUCUGCGUCCGAAAGCUCAGUUCUGUGUGCCUGGCGAUCCUUCUUCCUGUGAGUUUGAGCCUAUUGAACGGAUGUGCGCUGGACGUCCAGAUGGUCGAGUCUACCCACAUCCAACCGAUUGCCGUUCAUUUAUUCGCUGCCAAAGUUCACAACCAGUAGUGGAAAGUUGUCGUCCAGGAACCGUUUUCCGUGCAACGAGUCAAAGCUGUGUAGCUGGCAAUGGAAAUACCUGUUCGUUCCUGGACGGCACCUGUACCGGACGUCCGGACGGAGUUCUUCCUCAUCCGCAAGGGUGUGAUCUGUUCCUGUUGUGCACCUCGAGAACUACAUCGGCGCUGCGCUGCCCGGAAGGGGAGAUCUUGCAUCCGGAGUUCCUGGUUUGUGCAAAUGGUAACGCUGAUGAUUGUACCCUGGCACCAGUCACCACGGAACCACCCAUUAUCUCGGUGUGUGAAGGACGUCCCGAUGGAAAUUACACCCAUCCGCUGCUGUGCUAUCUGUACAUAAGAUGUACCAGUGGAGCUACAGAUAUCCUGUCCUGUCCACCGAACCAGAUCUUUGUGGGCGCUAUUCGGGACUGUGCUCCGGGCAAUCAGGGUACGUGUAUACCGAUGAUCAAUGCAGCUCGCUCAGAUGGAUUCGUAACGUACAAAGUGUCUGAAUAUCAAGUUGGUUUGGAUGACAUUUGUGCCGGCAUACAGAUUGUGAUCCUUCCCCAUCCGGAUGCGACUCUGUGCCAUAUGUUUGUGGUGUGCAUGUUUACCGAGCCCAUUGUCUACGAGUGUGUGGAAGGAUAUGUCUACGAACCGGAUUUACUUUCCUGCAUACCGGGGAACCGUGAACGGUGUUUAAGUUCAGCUGGACCAAACUGGAAGCAAAUUUGUGCGAACGUAUCGUACGCUGUCUUCCCCGAUCCGGACGUGUGCUGGGAGUUUGUGUUCUGUUCGCACGGAAUGGUGAACCGUUUCACGUGUCCGAUUGGUGAGAUAUGGUCACAGCGCGAUGGUGCCUGUCUACCGGGGAGUUGGGACACUUGUGAGCUGCUGGAAAUUAUGCGUACAUGCCAACAUCUUCCCGACGGUGUCCUGCCUCAUCCGAACGAAUGUUCACGCUAUCUGGAGUGUUCGCAGGGAUCAACCACGAUCGUCCAUUGCCUACAAGGAGAAGUUUUUAAUAGUGAGCUCGCAAAAUGCGUCAUUGGUAAUACGGAAACAUGCACUCCACUAGAGAACGUUUGCAGCACUAGACUCGAUGGCGAGAGAGUCCAACAUCCGAACGAAUGCGACUUGUUCAUAAACUGCAUGAAAGGAGUACCGGUAUUGACCGAGUGUCCCGAGAAUGAGAUCUUCAACACUUAUGUAAAGUCCUGUGCACCUGGAGAUGCCUCUACCUGUCAGCACUACCCAAUGGAGACAGUUUGCCAAGGAAAGCCGAAUGGGACGAUAAUUCCCUUUCCAGACCGCUGCGAUCAGUACGCUGGGUGUCAUAAAGGAGAACCGAUUACGUGGAACUGUGCCGAGGGUAAGAUACUGCACGGUCCUAGUGGUGCCUGUCGACCAGGAAACCGUGAAACCUGCGAGUUCCUCGUUGAUGAUUGUAUCAACAAACCGGAUGGCACGGUGCUCGAACAUCCCAACUUCUGCCAGGUGUACAUCCGCUGUCAACAUCAGGUCGUGUCCAUUGUAGCGUGUCCUGUUGGUGAGAUCCUGCGUCCAGAUGUGCAAGUCUGUGUGCCUGGUACGCCGUUCGCCUGUACGUUCGAUCCUGUUGAACGGAUAUGCGCUGGACGUCCAGAUGGUCGCGUCUACCCACAUCCAACCGAUUGCCGUUCGUUUAUUCGAUGUCAGACCUCCAAACCUAUAGUGGAAGCCUGUCCUCCAGGAACCGUCUACCAUGCGGCAGUACCUACUCAGUCUCCGAACGAAGUUAGCUGCAAGGAUCGUCCAAAUGGGUACUACCGUCAUCCGGAAAAAUGUUCUUACCUGCUUGAGUGCUACGAAGGUGAACCACGGUCGACCAUUGAAUGCCCUGGGAAUCAGAUUUUUAAUGAAGAUAUUCAACGGUGCGUUUUCGGCAACCCGGAGACUUGCAUGGAUGGUUAA